CUCACACACUUUUUCUGUAAAAUGCCUCAUUUGCAAAUAGCGAGUUUUAUUUUGAAAGCAGUGAUCGGAAGUCCUGUUUGGUGUUGACUCUGCUCAGUGUGUGUGAAUGUGUGUGAAUGUGUGUGUGUACUCGGCUUCCUGCUGCUGCUCGGUGUCCGUCUCGUCAGUGUUGAUCGGCUCGCCAUGGCGGAAGGACGCAGAGAACAGCCGCCCCAUCAUCAUCAUCAUCCUCUCCUCUCCUCUCCACCGGCCAGCAAGCGACCCUGCCUGCGCCCCGCUCCCCGAGGUCCCGGCCCGGGGCCCGGACACGGCCAUGGCAGCGGUAGCGGCGGCGGGUUGCCCGGCAGCUCCCGGUACCGCUCCCCGGAGUCCCUCCUGGACUGCGCCGCCAAGGCAGUAGCGGAAAAGUGGGCCUUCGAGAGAGUGGAGGAGCGCUUCGAGCGGAUCCCGGAGCCCGUCCAGCGCCGCAUCGUCUACUGGUCUUUCCCCCGCAACGAGAAGGAGAUAUGCAUGUACUCGUCGUUUCAGUGCCGAGUCGCCGGCGAGGAGGGUCCGUCGGCGGCGGCGGCGGCUACUGCUGGUGCUGCUGCGGGGUCCGGAGCUACAGCCGCCGGUGGAGGUGGCGGUGGUGCUGGAGGAUCUACCGGUGCAACUGCUACCGUGGCGGCUGCAGCCGGAGCAGUAGGAACCGGAGACGGACUGCCUUUCCGCCGGGGUAUCCGCCUCUUGGAGACCGGCUGUGUGGAAAACGUUUUACAAGUCGGGUUUCACCUCAGCGGCACAGUGACCGAACCCGUUACACCGUCGGAGCCGGAGGUCACCCACAAGGUCGCCAUCAGCUUCGACCGAUGCAAGAUCACCUCCGUCACCUGUGGCUGCGGGAAUAGAGACAUUUUCUAUUGCGCCCACGUUGUGGCGCUCUCUCUUUACCGCAUUCGGAAGCCUGAACAGGUGAAGCUGCGGUUGCCCAUCUCAGAGACGUUGUUCCAGAUGAACAGAGAUCAGCUGCAGAAGCUGGUCCAGUACCUGAUCACGGCCCACCACACCGAGGUGCUGCCCACCGCUCAGAAACUGGCCGACGAGAUCCUCUCCUCCAACUCUGAGAUCAACCAGGUCCACGGUGCUCCAGACCCGACUGCAGGCGCCAGCAUUGACGAUGACAACUGCUGGCAUCUGGACGAGGAUCAAGUCAGGGAGCAAGUCAAACAGUUUCUGUCCCAGGGAGGAUACUACGGCUCUGGGAAGCAACUCAACUCCAUGUUCGCUAAGGUGAGGGAGAUGCUACGGAUGCGAGACUCCAACGGCGCCCGGAUGCUGACGCUCAUAACAGAACAGUUUAUGGCAGACCCCCGGCUGUCGCUAUGGAGACAGCAGGGCACGGGCAUGACGGAUAAGUGUCGGCAGCUCUGGGAUGAGCUAGGUGCAUUGUGGGUGUGCGUGGUGCUGAACCCCCACUGCAAGAGCGAGGAGAAGAGCGGCUGGCUGAAGCAGCUGAAGAAAUGGGGCGACAUGGACGUCUGCCCGCUGGAGGAUGGCAACUACGGCAGCGAGCUUCCAAACAUCACCAACGCUCUGCCGCAGAGCAACCUGGGACAGGACUCUCUGUCCAGGCCGAGGAGGUCGGUGUUCAGCCGGGCCAUCGAGGCCUGCGACCUCCACUGGCAGGACAGCCACCUCCAGAGGAUCAUCAGCAGCGACCACUACAUGUCUCCGUCCUACCAGAGGGAGGGGGAGAGCCUGCUGUUCAACCCACAGGGCCUGCCGCUCUGGCUAGACCACGUCCCGACGGCAUGCGCUCGCGUCGACGCCCUGCGCUCCCACGGUUACUCCAGGGAAGCGUUGCGGUUGGCCGUCGCCAUCAUCAACACACUCCGCCUGCAGCAGCAGAGACAGAUGGACAUCUACAAACACCAAAAGAAAGAGCUUCUCCAGCGGGGCGUGACGUCCACCACCAACCUGGAAGGCUGGGUGGGUCAUCCCUUAGACCCGAUCGGCUGUCUGUUCGUCACGCUGACCGAAACCUGCCGCGUGGACGACGACAACACCAUGGACACCGGAGAAGGUGACCCCCGGCCGCCGGUCUACCACCACGUCCCAGUGUGGGGCAGUCCUGAUGGAGGGGAGUCCUACCUGACUUUAGCCUUAGAGGUGGCUCUGAUGGGUAUGGGCCAGCAGAGGAUAAUGCCAGAGGGCCUAUACGCUCAGGAUAAGGUGUGUCGUAACGAAGAGCAGAUCGUUUUAAAACUCCAAGAACUGGAGCUGGAUGACCUCCUGGUUCAGACUCUUCGGAAACAGGCCAUACAGCUACUAGAAGCUGGUCCGUUCAGCGGUCUCGGUGAGGUCAUCCACAGGGAGAGCGUUCCCAUGCAUACCUUCGCCAAGUACCUCUUCUCUGCCCUGCUGCCGCACGACGCAGACCUGGCGUAUAAGGUGGCUCUCCGCGCCAUGAGACUGCCGGUGCUGGAGUCCUCAGCAGGCUCCGGAGACGUGGGCCACCCUCAUCAUGGCAUCUCCAUAGUUCCGAGCAGAUACCCGCGCUGGUUCACACUGGGACACCUGGAGUCCCAGCAGUGUGAGCUGGCCUCCACCAUGCUCACUGCUGCUAAAGGUGACAUGUUGAGGUUGCGGACGGUGCUGGAGGCCAUCCAGAAAAACAUCCACUCCUCUUCCUUAAUCUUCAAGCUGGCCCAGGACGCCUUUAAGAUAGCCACACCCGCGGACAACCCGCCUGAUAUAACCCUGCUCAACGUGGCACUGGAGCUAGGACUGCAGGUGAUGAGGAUGACUCUGUCCACACUGAACUGGAGAAGGAGAGAGAUGGUUCGCUGGCUGGUAACCUGCGCCACAGAAGUCGGUCUGCGGGCGUUGGUGAGCAUCUUACAGAGCUGGUACACUCUCUUCACACCGACGGAGGCCACCAGCAUCGUGGCGGCCACUGUCAUGUCCCACAACACCAUCCUGCGCCUCAGCCUCGACUACCCCCAGCGCGAGGAGCUGGCCAGCUGCGCCCGGACCCUGGCCCUGCAGUGCGCCAUGAAGGACCCCCAGAACUGCGCCCUGUCGGCUCUGACGCUCUGCGAGAAGGACCACAUCGCCUUCGAGACGGCUUACCAGAUCGUGAUCGACGCGGCGUCCACGGGCAUGACUUACUCGCAGCUGUUUACCAUCGCGAGGUACAUGGAGCACAGAGGAUAUCCCCUGCGGUCCUUCAAGUUGGCCUCCCUCGCCAUGACCCACCUUAACCUGGCGUACAACCAGGACACGCACCCGGCCAUUAAUGACGUGCUCUGGGCCUGCGCGCUCAGCCACUCCCUGGGUAAAAAUGAGCUCGCGGCCAUUAUCCCCCUGGUGGUGAAGAGUGUGCACUGCGCCACGGUGCUGUCUGACAUCCUGCGGCGGUGCACCACGACGGCGCCGGGUCUCGCCGGCAUUCCUGGGAGACGGAACUCUGGGAAGCUGAUGUCAACGGACAAGGCGCCGUUGCGGCAGCUCCUCGACGCCACGAUCUCGGCGUACAUCAACACCACGCACUCUCGACUGACGCACAUCAGUCCGCGGCACUACGGAGAGUUCAUAGAGUUCCUGAGCAAAGCACAGGUGACUUUCCUGCUGGCACAGGACGGACACAUUCAGUUCGCCCAGUUCAUAGACAACCUGAAACAGAUCUACAAGGGCAAGAAGAAACUGAUGAUGUUGGUCAGGGAGCGCUUCGGCUGACCUCACAGGGACCCUCUUCUUGGGAAGUAGUUCGACUUAUUUGUUUCUAUUUAAGGUUUUUUGGAUUCCUCGUAUUUUUACUUCUUAUGUUGAGCCAUUUGUUGACUAAGUCUUAAGUUUUUGUCCUGUUUUGUUGUUUUGUUUCUUGAAUGUGAACCAGGAAGUGUUCGCAAUACAUUGCUCUACUUCAUUGAGACUGCAUAAAGGGGGGAAACGGCUUGAAAUGUCAAAGAAACAACAAAAACAAAGCAUUUUCCCCCUCCAACUAAGUACGUCAAAAGAUUGUGAUGAAAAACAAAACAAAAGGUUGUUUUUUUUCGGUGGCACAUGACGAUUUUAAAAACCAAAAGAUUGUGUUGGAAGGGGUACUUACUUUGAGCCAGAAGACGCUUUCAGCUGGGGUUUAAAAGAAGAAGAGGAAGUGGUUUUCAGAGUGGAAGGAACAUGUCAUUCCAAAAGAAAGAAUAAAAAACCCCACUGAGGUCAAAAACACACACAUAGUGUUACUGUCAUACCUCGACUGUAUUAUUUGUCAGCUUUAACUUCUCUAUCAGAAAUAGCCUCUUGUUUCAUUCAGGGCAUCGUAGAGUAGAGAGGGCAGAAUACAGAACUACACAUGUAGGCUCUCUGUAGAAGACGUCAGUACCAACAGGUUUAUAAACUUGACUAAAACCACUCUAGACAAGCUCCGACCCUCUUCACCUGCUGGUCGGUGCUUCUCCUUCCAGAACAUCUUCAGGAGGAAGAAUCAUGUUGCUUCACAGAGUGCAUGUUUUCAAACCCAGAAGCCUGAGAGUGACAUUAUUCUAGCUAAGGUAGAGUAGUCGAGGCUCCACGUGCACAUAAUAUAUACAGUAUAUCUCGUAUGUCCUCCUAUAAGCUUGUUAACAGUGACAAUACACAACUGUGAUGAACGGUGGGGGUCACAGUAUUCCCAUCUUUAGAGCUACCACUGCACUGCUGUACAGCUAUUUGUGGCCAAAACCUUUGAAAUCAAUAAGACUCCAGUGGUCGCCUUUCACUCGCUAGAUCAAGAUUUAGUCAAUAAGCAAUAUAAGUCAAGUCUGCGCUUCAUUUUUGUUAUCACCUGGCGGCGUUAAUUUCACCUUCUUGUAUUUUGUUAGGAAGCUUCGGAACAUAUUGGGACCCGGGUUGAUUUCAGUGACUGUUAGUUGUUAACUCUGCCUGUAGCUAAAGUCCCUUUUCCAUCUCAAGAACAUUGCCGGAACUUUUUGGAAAUCUGGUUCCAAUGUUGGUUCUUUUUGGUCAUAGUUCCUGCCCCUAAAUAUUGGUAAAAAAGUACCAAUAUUCUUGGGCUCUUGGGUUGACCUGUGCAGUACUUACCAUUGUUGGUUGAUCAAAUAAGCACUAUUUAAAUAUGACAGCCAGAAUUAUGCAAAAUUACUGUAGCAGCAAGAGGUAAUAAGUACUAAACAAUUAGAUAAUAUUGGACUGAAUAUUGGCUUGUAUACAGAGAAUCGAAAAGCCUACCAAAAUAUAUUUUUUUAUAAAUUUAAAGUAGAACUAGGCUGAUACCACUGAUACAACUGCACUAAUAUUGUUAUGUGAACAAUAGAUCAAUUCAUCAUCUGUAAUGUGAAAAGAUCGCUUGUAUUAACAAACCCAACUCUGCCGUUCCCCUCAGCUCUACGAAGCUUUUUAGCAUCAUUUAGCUAAUUGUAAAUAGCAAAUUUACCGUUUGGUUAAGUCUUACUAUGCUCAUAAUCUCCGUUUCCACCACAGCAGGUAGCUGUUUGCAAGAAGCUAACGCCGGCUGCCUCGCACCAAACCAUAUACAAAGUUUGCAGCUAGCUGGUGGGCAUAAUGGUGUAGCAUUUAGCUGCUAAAGAGUUGGUGGAGACCAAAACGGAGCUAAAAAGGGAGUGAAUAUUGGACUUACAUUUGCUAGGUUGCCAGAAACACGACUCGAAUGUUGCUCCAUCUCUGCUAAGUGUGUAAAUUAGCAGCUGUUUGCUAAUACGUUAUCCAUAGCAACUUUGUAAGGUGAUAAUAUGUCAAUAUUGUGUACUUAGCUUGUUCCACUGCCCCCCAAAAAAAUAGUUUACGGUUGUUUAAGUAUUGAUUUGAUAAACUAAAAGAAAAAAGGCUAAUGUAAAAAAUGCAAAAAAAAAAAAAAACUGCACUGUAAUUGCAGUAAUCGCACUAAUCCCCAUCAUGGAUAAAACAAAAAUGUACAUGCUUAACUUAGUCGAUCUUGAAUUUUAAAGUUCCUUUGUCUUGUGAUGGAAAAGAGUCUAUAGUUACUAAAGCCACUUAUCUGUGAAUGCUACUGGACUGUGAAGACGAGUGGCCUCGUCUUUCUCAAAGGGUUAUAGAUACGCAGUGCAAACACAGCAAAUACUGUAUGUUUUAUGACUUUAUGACUUAAUCGUGCAUAUUUGAGACCCCAUGCCUCGGCACAGGAAGUUAUUUUUCUUCUGUAUGAGGGAUGUCCACGCUCCCUUUCCGUACCCAGUGGCAAAGUGUUGUUGUUAAUGGCAGUAUACAGUACAGCAAGAGCUUGAAUCUUUCACCGGUCU